AAGAUCUUCCGGGACUGGCGCUGUUGCUUAGUAGGUUAAAGGUGAGCAGCGAAACUGCGGACAACAAAACAUCGUCCCGUAUCACUACCCGUCUGAUUAAAGCUGACUGUUUCUCCGGUGCGUGGAUGCGUAAAGAUAACGUCAAUAUAUCCAAAAGAAGGUGAGAAGAAAUGGCUAAUCAUUUGUCAGAGUCGCUGCCAGAGAGGACCUUCCAGCACCAAAACAGCCUACCACCACUGCCUGUCCCGUCACUGGAGAUUAGCCUUUCUAAGUACCUGGAUGCAGUUAAACCUUUUGCCUCUGAGAAGGAGUUUGAGGCUACUGUGGAUACUGUCAGGAAAUUUCAGGAGGGUGUUGGCCAAGAGCUGCAGCAGAAACUACUGCAGAGAGCCAAGACAAAGAAAAACUGGCUGGAAGAAUGGUGGUUAGACGCUGCGUAUCUGGAGGUCCGCAUCCCCUCUCAGCUGAAUGUGAAUUUUGGAGGCCCGGGGCCCUACUUGGAACACUGCUGGCCUGCAGCAGAAGGGACUUAUCUGCAGAGGGCCAGUAUUAACACAUGGCAUACUUUACAGUACUGGAACCUGAUACGCACGGAGAGGCUGGCUCCACAAAAAGCUGGCAAUACAGCAUUAGACAUGGACCAGUUCAGAAUGCUGUUCUGCACCUGCAAAGUACCUGGAGUGAAGAAGGACACUAUUCGUAACUACUUCAAAACAGAGCGUGAGGGUCCUUCCCCCUCCCAUUUGAUCGUGAUGUGUCGUGGACGGAUCUUCACCUUUGACGCCCUCUGUGAUGGACAAAUCCUCACUCCUCCAGAACUACUCAGACAGCUGAGUUAUGUGAAAGAGUGCUGCGAGGGAGAGCCGGAGGGAGACGGAGUGAGCGCUCUCACUUCAGAGGAGAGGACUCGUUGGGCGAAGGCCAGAGAGCAUCUAAUAAGCAUCGAUCCACACAAUAAGACCAUCCUGGAGACCAUCCAGAGCAGCCUGUUCGUCGUAUCUCUGGAUGAAACGAAACCCUACUCCACUCCAGAGAAUUACACAAAUAUUACCCGGGGAGCCCUGACAGGCAACCCCACCAUCCGCUGGGGCGACAAAUCGUACAAUUCAAUCGUGUUUGCAGAUGGCACAUUUGGAUCCACUUGUGAUCAUGCUCCAUAUGAUGCCAUGGUGCUGGUGUCUAUGUGUUGGUAUUUGGACCAGCAAAUUAAAGCUACAGAAGGCAAAUGGAAGGGUUCAAACACAGUCAGACCUAUACCCCCUCCUGAGGAGCUGGUGUUUACUGUGGACGAAAAGAUCCAGAGAGACAUCAGCCAAGCCAAGCAGCAAUACUGGGAUUCGACACAGGACCUUCAGGUUGUGUGUUAUGCAUUCACAGCGUUUGGAAAAGCAGCCAUCAAACAGAAGAAGCUGCAUCCAGAUACUUUUGUUCAACUAGCAAUGCAGCUGGCCUACUACAGGAUGCACAAAGCUCCAGGAAGCUGUUAUGAGACGGCGAUGACUCGCGUGUUCUACCACGGCAGGACAGAGACGAUGCGACCCUGCACCAUGGAGGCUGUGAACUGGUGCGCAGCCAUGAUGGACCCCACAUGUGAUGCUAAUGCCAAGAGGAAAGCCAUGCUACAGGCUUUCCACAAACACAACAAACUGAUGGCUGAAGCCCAAGAUGGAAAAGGUUUUGACAGGCAUCUUCUUGGGCUGUAUCUUAUUGCCAAAGAGGAGGGACGUCCCACUCCUGAACUCUUCAUGGAUCCCCUCUAUGCAAGGAGUGGUGGUGGCGGUAACUUCGUGCUGUCGUCCAGUCUGGUGGGCUACACCACAGUCCUGGGUGCCGUGGCUCCCAUGGUGCACCAUGGCUAUGGCUUUUUCUACCGCAUCCGAGAUGACAGGAUUGUGAUCUCCAUCUCAGCGUGGAAGUCCUGCCGUCAGACAGAUGCUGUGUCGCUAUUCAACAACUUCAGUAGCUCCCUACACGAGAUGCUCCACCUGGCCACCACAUCUCAGCUAUAAGUGCUCACACAAACCGACAGAGUGGAUAACCACAGGCUAAUUUACACAUUUACCUUUUACCUCUCAGAUGUUUGAACAUUGAAACACACACACCAUACAAACUCUCAGUUAAUAGUUGACAGCUAGCGAUAGUAAUGUUUGUUCUCAGCACAGAUCAAUGCAAAUAUUUACAAUCCUUACUGUUGAGUGAUAUUCACUGGUUUUGACAUUAACAAAAAGUAACUUUUCUGUUUUGUUCUCUAUUGCUCAAUAAGACUUUUUAGUGUAAAAUUGUUUUCUAGGUGUAAAUAUUUUUCUGCUUUCUCUGAUUUUCAUGGUUCUAGAAUGAAAUUUAGUGAGAAUAUUUGAUUUUCAGUCCUGACAGUAUUAAUCCACAUUUAAGCUAAAAUGAAGGUAAAGUUAAAGAUCUUUUUUUUAAACUGAUGUUUGUCUCCAGUUCAGUAUGAGCUGUAGCAUCAUUAUCAUUUAUGCUUCCUUACUCAGAGAUUUCAGAUAUCAGCCUUUUAAAAAAAAUAACAGUUGCCUUCCAGUGUAUCGAAGUACUGCACAUUGUUGUGUAUUACUUCGGUACUGCAGUUUUGUUGUUUGUUGCACCCUUCUUUGAACCAAAACCUAACUUUGUCACAGCCCUGUGUGCACUAUGCAGCUUUACUUCAUCUGUGUGCUCUGAUGACUGCUGUAAAACAAUACUUGAUCUUAAAGACUGAUUAUUUUUUCACAGUUUCUCUGUUUGUUAAAGCCUUGCACUAAUCUGAGAUUGCUGACUAAACUUUCAUACAUGGAAAAAUGUGAGUAAGAAUGUACUUCCUUUAGAUAUCCAAAUGAAAAACAGCUAAAUAUUUUCAACUCUGUACAUAAACAUCACUGAUGAAAAUGUAUACUUUUGAAAAUGUGCUGUUGAAAUAAAGCGAAAUAAAGAGUUGA